AUGUCCAUCGGAGUCUUGAGCAGUGUUUUACCCCGAUAUGGGAACAGAAUAUUUUCACGUGCCUUCCGAACUACAACUCAGGUAUGGACCCAAGAACUAGGAGAUGAUGGAUUACCAAAAGAUUACAAAUUGAAAACAAUCAAGGCGGGUAGCCGACGACUAGAUACAUUUGUAAACCGAGCCAGCGGGAAAAGCAGCUCGCAGGUUGAAAAGCUUAUUCUUGGCGGCCGAGUGCGAGUUAACGAAGAACCACUAACGAAAAAAGCUUACAAUAUUCAAAAGGACGAUUGCAUAGAUGUUUGGAUUGGUCCGUGUGCGGAUAAUAAAAGUUUAGCAGAUGUAGAACGAUACGAGAUUGUGGACUACGAAGUGACGGACAAGGGUUAUGAAAUUGAAAUCAAAUCAUGGAAGAAAUUUCUUGUAGAUAAUUGGAGAGGAUAA